AUGCUGAACCAAUUAUCAGGAUUAGCAAAUGUUGUUUUACAUGAAUUAUCAGGAUCUAAUGCUGACCAGAAUAUGACAGCUCCCUUAGAAGCUGAACCACACCAGGAAUCUAGCAUGGAAUUGAAUAACAGCACUCAAGAUGAUGUUCUGGAAGGCCUGGCUGAAGCCGAGAAGUUAGUGGUGGAGCUGAAAGACAUCAUCAGCCAGAAGGACGCUCAGCUCCAGCAGAAGGACGAAGCUCUGCAGGAGGAGCGUAAAGCUGCUGAUAACAAAAUUAAAAAAAUAAAACUUCAUGCAAAAGCGAAACUGACUUCUUUGAACAAACUCCUCGAAGAAAUGAAGGCACAAGGAGGGGCUGCUUCACCUACAUCUACAGAGCCUCAGCCUGCGGAGCCGCUCUCCAAGCAUGAUAAGAAUUCCACAGAAGAAGAGAUGAGAGUAGAAGAAAUAAAACGUGAACUCCAGGAGAAGGAGAAAUUAAUUAGCCAUUUGCAAGCCCAGCUUCACCAGGCGCCGUCAGAACAAGCCAUGAAGUUGGAUAAGAGUUCAGCAGAGAUGGAGGAGUUUGUCCUGAUGAAGCAGCAGCUUCAAGAAAAGGAAGAAGUCAUUAGCACUUUGCGGACUCAGCUGAGCCAGACACAGGCAGAGCAAGCUGCACAGUUCUCACAGCUGCUGGAGGAGAAGAACACCCUCUCCAUCCAGCUCAGCGAAGCCAGCCAGAGUCUCCGCAAGAACCAUCAUCACUACAGUGACCUCUCCAAGCACUGCGCUGUCCUGGAGAAGCAGGUGCAGGAGCUGCAGGCGGGGCCACCAAAUGUAGAUGAUGUUCCAGGAGCGCCCCAGGAAAUGAGAAAGAGGGAUCCGGAAGCCACAGGAGAGCCACAGCCAAGAUUGUCUGAAGUCCAGCAGCAGCUCUGCAGCACGAAACAAGAAGUGAGUGAGUUAAAGAAGCUGCUAGAAGAAGAGCGAGACCAAAGAUUGGCCGUUGAGAAUGCACUCUCUUUGGCCGAGGAGCAGAUCAGAAGGCUGGAGCAGAGUGAAUGGGAUUCGGCCCGGACUCCUAUCAUUGGUGCCUGUGGCGCUCAGGAGACAUCAGUGUUGAUAGACAUCCCGGGCAGCAGCUGCCGAAGGACCCGGAGUGGCGCUGGAUGGAAGCGGGUUCUGCGUUCACUCUGCCAUUCCCGGACCCGAGUGCCACUUCUUGCAACCAUCUACUUCCUGAUGGUUCACGUCCUCCUCAUCCUGUGUUUCACAGGUCAUCUAUAAACUCCUCACUCGACCACAGCUCUCAGAACUUGUAAUUCCUCCAUCUCUAAUGUCAGAAUUGUAGUUUUUAGAACAGCCUUCCCACUUCCAAUCCAUCUGCAUCUCCUUGGAAAGUUCCCAUAACAACAGAGGUGGCUGUGAGGACAGGUUAGAACGCAAGGCCUGGUGCAUCCUGUUUUCUGGAUGUCCCUCCAUAGGGGUCCUGAAGCCACUCGGGAGCUGGAGCAUCACAACUACGGCUCGCGGGUGAGAGUUAUUCUGUCUUCAAUGCCAUUGUCACCCGGCUCUGCGGACAGGGCUGAGGCAAUGGGAAGAGAAGACAAAACAGCUGAUCCAGACCUGAGAGCAGUGGUCACGAGUGACACCACUGUGCCUGUCCUCCC